AUGUCAGCAUCAGCUCCCUAUAUCUGUGAUAUCCGAUGUGGACAAGAAAUUACCUGCCAAAGCUACAAUUACAAUAGAAAGAAGGAGAUCUGCGAACUAAACAACCGCACCAAAGAGGCGAGGACUGUAAACUUUCGCGCGGCCCCUGGUUGGUUUUAUAUCAGGCGUUUGAACGGAAGAGCACCUUUGGGUUCCAUUCUCGAAUUACCAGCACUAUCUUGCCAAGAAAUAAAGGCAAGUGAGGGAAAAGAUGCCAUUAGCAAUAAGUACUGGAUGAAUCCAACUGGUAAUGGAAAGACACAAUUAAUGUAUUGUAAUAUGAGCUUGGGAACUGGAGAAAUCGAUGAAUGCAAGAAUGAUAUCUUGCUCUGUGACGCCAAUGCAAUUUGUUCAAACACUUAUGGCUCGUAUAAAUGCACGUGCAAGGAGGGAUACAAUGGAACUGGACAUGAAUGUAUAGAUGUUGACGAAUGUGUAAAUGACAGGUUCAUUUGUGGUGUGAAUGCGACUUGUGUAAACACUAAUGGCUCUUAUGGUUGUACUUGCAAGGAGGAAGGAUCAGUUGGAGAUGGAAGUGUUUGUUCAGGUGAAGAAUGUCGAUCCGUUAUCUUCAAAGAACCCAUACAGGACAGAGUCAUGAAAUAUCAUUCAACCAGGCUUGUAGAGGUGUCCCAUCAAGGCAGUUGUAGUGCGCUGUGUUAUAUGGAGCCCAAUUGUGUGUCCAUAAAUGUUGGGCUUUCACAAAGAGGGAACUACAUUUGUGAAUUGAACAACGCUUCGGACGAAAGUCCAAGCUCGUCCGACCUUCAGAGUAAACAAGGUUACACCCAUCUCAGUAUCGAGAAUCCCUGCAGCAGCAGUCCCUGUUUCAACAAUGGCACAUGUCAAGCUGGAUACACUGAUAAAGGAUUUCGUUGUAAAUGUCCUUUAGGAUUUACUGGUGUAUACUGCAAGAAGGCCUGCAGCUUUGACUUUGAAGAUGGAAUCGGUGGGUGGAAAAUGACCGGCAGAGCUUUCAUUUACCAGCCAACAUUUGGUGAUAAUCCAUUCGCACGCAGUAAAAGCGCCCAGCUUCAAGGGGACUGGUGGGUAGGGGGAGCUGAGAAACGGCCAAAUGAAAGCGUUCCCGCCGGGGGACAGCAUCCAGAUGGAGCCGACCAACCCCAUGGAACUCUCACUUCGCCUUGUUUUCGUAUCAUCGGAAAGAAUAUCUCGUUUCUCAUUGGUGGAGGAUGUAAAGUAAAUGAAGUUCGUGCGGAGCUUAUUAUCAACAACCAGGUCGUCAGAAAUGAGACAGGAAACUGUCGGGAGAAUAUGUACCGUAAGAGCUGGGACGUAGAGGAGUAUAUUGGUCAAUACGCGCAAGUCAGACUUGUAGAUGAGAGUUCUGGUAGUUGGGCUCACAUCAACUUCGAUGACCUUAAAGGAGAUAUCAUUUGUCCUCACGAUUUAGAAGAGAAAAAAUGAAGAGAAAGUGGCAUUAAAAACUAAGUUAUCAACUCAAGUCACCUUGAAAGUAGGGUGAAGCAGCCUUUGACGUAGUAUAGUACUUGCUUUGUGCUGGCAUAGAUAGGCACAAUCACUGUGUUUUUGGUCAACAGUAGAAAAGCAUUAUGAAACAAUUUUAUGUACGUGACUGAGAGGGCUAUAAUUAUACAAU